AUGUUCUUCCACGAGCACGGUCGUCUCGUAUUUGCGUACGACGCAGAACGGCUAUGGAUCGAACCGUGGGGCCAAAACUCCCUCCGCGUUCGUGCCACCAAAGCCAGUAGCAUGCCUACCGAGGACUGGGCGCUGCUUCAAGUCAAGCCUACCAAAUCAGAUGUCAACAUCACGGAUGAAUGCGCUACCCUGGUGAACGGCCGUAUCAGCGCUACAGUAACGCGGCGGGGUAAAGUGACUGUCCGUGAUGACAGUGGAAAAGUCCUACUCGAGGAGUUUGCUCGGAACCGGCGAGAGCUUACAGAUCCUAAAUGUAGCGCUCUCGAGAUUGAAGCGCGCGAGUUCAAACCAAUCAUUGGUGGUGAGUAUCAUCUCACGGCCAGGUUCGAGAGCCUUGAUCCAAAGGAGAAGAUCUAUGGCAUGGGACAAUACCAGCAGCCCUACCUGGAUAUCAAAGGAACUCAGAUCGAACUUGCGCACCGCAACUCUCAGGCUAGCGUACCAUUUGCGCUGUCUUCUCGUGGCUAUGGCUUUCUGUGGAACAAUCCGUCCGUUGGGACUGCGAUCUUUGGCAAAAACAUCAUGAGCUUCGAGGCUCGGUCAACAACGGUCUUGGAUUACUGGAUCGUUGCAGGAGAGACGCCAGCGCAGAUUAUUGAGGCAUACGCCGAGGUCACUGGCAAAGUACCUAUGAUGCCAGAAUAUGGCCUCGGCUUCUGGCAAUGCAAGUUGCGUUACCAGACCCAGGAUGAGCUUCUCAAUGUUGCACGAGAGUACAAACGACUCCAACUGCCGAUUGAUUUGAUCGUCAUCGACUUCUUUCACUGGCCAAAACAGGGUGAUUGGCGCUUUGAUGAGACGUAUUGGCCAAAUCCAAACGCCAUGGUCAAGGAGUUGCAAGAUAUGGGCAUCGAACUCAUGGUCUCCAUCUGGCCAACAGUCGAUCGCAAGUCCGAGAACUAUGACGAGAUGCUGGAGAAGGGUUUGCUCAUUCGCACAGAGCGUGGCGAGCGCAUAGCUAUGACAUUCCAGGGCGUCACUGUACAUUUCGAUCCAACCAAUCCAGCAUCGCGAAAGUACGUCUGGGGUAAGGCGAAACAAAACUACUACUCAAAGGGCAUCAAGGCUUUCUGGUUGGACGAAGCCGAGCCCGAGUACACGGUGUACGACUUCGACAACUACAGGUAUCAUCUUGGGUCCAACCUGGCCGUCGGCAACAUCUUUCCACGAGAAUAUUCGCGUGCCUUUUACGAGGGCAUGGUAGAUGAGGGUCAGACUGGAGUUGUCAAUCUUGUUCGUUGUGCUUGGGCAGGCAGUCAAAAGUACGGUGCCCUUGUAUGGAGUGGCGACAUUGCUUCUUCGUGGAGCAGCUUCCGAGACCAACUGGCGGCAGGGUUAUCUAUGGGUAUCGCCGGCAUUCCCUGGUGGACAACAGACAUUGGUGGCUUCCACGGGGGUGAUCCCAAUGACCCUAAGUUCCGGGAGUUGUUCGUGCGAUGGUUUCAGUGGGGAGCAUUUUGCCCUGUUAUGAGACUUCAUGGCGAUCGCGAGCCAAGGCAGGCGAAGGUCGGUAAUACUGGAGGAGCAUCAUGUCGCAGCGGUGCAGACAACGAGGUGUGGUCAUACGGGUCGGAGGUGUUUGAGAUCUGCAAAAGGUACAUGCAGUUUCGCGAAGAGCUUCGACCUUACACACGAAAGCUCAUGAAGGAAGCUCACGAGUAUGGCACCCCAGUCAUGAGGACGCUCUUCUUCGAGUUUCCGGAUGAUGCCAUUUGUUGGGAAGUCGAUGAACAGUACAUGUAUGGUGAUAAGUAUCUCUGCUGCCCGGUUUUUUCAGAGGGUCAGACGCAGACAGCGGUGUAUCUACCAAAGCUGACUGAUGGCAAGAAGUGGCAGAGGCUAUGGAGUGAAGAUACCUACGAGGGUGGCAUCCAUAUUACGAUCGCGUCUCCUUUGCAGGAAAUGCCUGUAUUUAUCAGGCCGUAG